CUAAGUGUAGCCACACCUCCACCUCCACACAAACACACGAUCCCAGCUAGGCUUUUUCCCUCCUAGAUUGUGUGUAAAUAUAUGCUAACUAUACCUCUUCGUUUCUCACAAAGAAAUGUGAGGUCUCAGCGUUUUUACUAGCUUCUGGUGAUUGAGCCAGCUUGUCUGCAGCAACCAGUUUCUUCCUGCAUCACGAGCAAAACAAGCUGGCAGGAGAUGAAUUACAGGAGGCUAACUCUAGAGUCACUACUGACCUUUCUGUUUAUUUAGAAAGACACUGAAGAUACUUCUCACAGCRGUCGGGACAUUUAUCAGGCACUGGAGUUUCACCAGCUUUUUCUGCAAGCAUCAACAAAUAUAAACRCUUUACAGAAUGAACUCCAAGAUCAACAGAUGAACACCAGGCUGCAUGUAUUUYAUCGGACACCAAGAGUAAAACUGUCAGCUGUUGGAAAAUAAAGCUUUUACUGGGCUUUAUGUCUGCUUUCAGGACCAUGAGAUCUUCCGCAGAAUUACAUCCGUCAAUGUCUGYGGAUUCUCGUGACCAGAUUGUCUCGCAGCAAGAGACGGAGUCCAACCAUGAAGAACCAGAAGCAGUUUGGCCUAAUGAGACACAGGAGAAACCAAAGUUUGUUCAGGUUAAAGAGGAAGACAAGGAACUGUACGUCCGUCCAGAUGACCAGCARCUAGAAAUAAAGCAAGAGAUUGAGACUUAUGUGGAAAGUUCUUCAGAAGAGGAAACGGACGACAGCGACGAGGACCAAAGUGGGAAUGAACUCCUCUCUCAGAGUCCCGUUAAAGCUGAGUACCAGGACCCGGAAAUCUGCGGUAAAAGUGUGCUGCACCGCUGCGACAUCUGCGGGAAGGAGUUCCGGAAAAAAAACCAUUUGACCGAUCAUAAGAGAACUCACACGGGUGAGAAACCCUUCCUGUGUGGGGUCUGCGGCAAAUGCUUUGGCCGAAAAUACGGACUGAACAGCCACAUGAGAACUCACACGGGAGAGAAGUYGUAUUCCUGCGACGCGUGCGGCAAAGCCUUCAGCGACAACGGUCAGCUCAACACUCACGUGAGAACUCACACGGGCGAGAGGCCGUAUUCGUGCGAGUUCUGCAGUAAAAGUUUCAGUCAGAACGGCCAUCUGAAGGAUCACAUGAGGAUCCACAUAGGGAAGAAGCCUUUCCGGUGCAGGCUCUGCGGCAAAACCUUCAUGAGAAAAAACUGUCUGAAGUGUCACAUGGUAACGCACACUGGCGAGAAGCCCCACAGAUGCGAGCUGUGUGGCAAGUCUUACGGCGUUCGCGCCAAUUUGACGGCUCACAUGAAGACGCACACGGGCAACAGGCCUUUCACGUGUCUAACCUGCAAGAGAAGCUUCAUUACGAAGUCUGCCUUGAAUUGCCACAUGAGCACCCACUCGGGUGAGAAGCCUUUUUCAUGUCCCACCUGCGGGAAGAGUUUCAGAGAAAAAACCUUCAUGACGGUCCACAUGAAGACGCACACAGAGGAGAAGCCUUUCUUGUGUCCCAYAUGUGGGAAAAGGUUCAGUCAAAGACGGUAUCUGACCAAACACAAACGGGGACACACGGACGACAAGCCRUACACCUGCGAAGUGUGCGCCAAAGGCUUUUGCCAGAGCUGUGAUUUGAGGUCUCACAUGAGAACUCACACCGGGGAGAAGCCUUUUCCAUGUCUCACCUGUGGAAAAAGUUUUGGUAAAAAGAGUAAUUUAAACAUCCACAUGAGAACUCACACGGGUGAGAGGCCCUUUCCGUGUCUGACAUGUGGGAAAUGUUUUCGAGAAAGAACGUCUUUGAACAGACACAUGGAAACUCAACACCCCUGAGAAAGAGGCGGCUUGAUCCAUAUUAAUAAACCUCAGUCCAGGUAUAAAAAGCUUUUUGCUGGAUGRCGGACUCUGACUAAAACCAGUGCUUUCCCCAUAUAUGAAUGUCACAAGAUAUGGCUUCACUUUGGUCAAAGAAUAUCAUCAAAAUGUAUUUUUUUCAGUAAUUUUAUUUAAAAAGGAGCUGUGUUGAUUAUAUAGAUUAACUCAGAUUGAUUUAUUUCAAGAGUUUUUAUUCAGUUUUUGAUGAUCAUGCCUGACAGCUAACACAAACCAAACUACAAAUUACCUCAACAUUAGAAUAUUACAUAAGACCAAUAAAAAAAAGAUCUUUGAGACAAAUGUUGGUUUGCUAAACUGCACAGUGUAAAUAUUUUAUUGUGGCUCCUUUUGCCUGGAUUGCUGUCCAUCAUGCUGUGGUACAGAGGCAAUGAUCUUGCGGUUUUGCUGCUGAGGUGUAAACGAAGCCCAGGUUGCUUUAAAAGCUGCUCUCAGUCCAGCCACAUUAUUGGGUUGAUGCCCCUUACUUUCCUCCUGAUAAUACUCUCCAURGCCUUUAGAUCAGGCCUGCUUUCUGGCUAAUCAAGCUGACAAUGGCAGUGAAGGCAAGUCCUGAAAAAUAAAAUUAGCAUCAUCAUAAUGAUAGUCUUCUCCCUUUGCUCCUUUUUGUACCAUGCUUUUUUCUUCCAUAAUAAUUCCUGGUCACUCUGUCACUCUGUGACUAGCCAGCUUCUUUAGGAUUUACCUUUUGUUUCUUAASCCCCUKRUGCAGACUGUCUACGAGUGGCAGCUGGAAAUUUGUUAAGUAAGAAGUUUUUCCUUUAUUGUUUAGGUCAUAAAAWUGUUUAAAAACUGCUUUUUCAAUCGGUUCAUGUAAGCCAUAAGUGAAAUCAAAGAAUCACAGAAAUGRCUGCUUGAAAUAUAUCAAUCUGAGUUUAAUGGGUCAAGUUUUACUCUGAGUUCUGAAAUAAAGUUUUUGAUAAUGUUCAAAUUUGUUUGUAUAAAUGUGUUGUAGGAUUUGUCCUCUGCAUGUUCUCGCAAUAUAAUAUUUUGCCUUCAAAUAAAGGAGCAGCAUAUUUUGCAAAUAUUUUGGAUGAAGAGCACAGAUGGUCACUUGUGUGUGUGUCUGUUUUUUUUCCAAGCUGCAUGUGAGGUGAGAGGUGUUUUAAAUGAAAUGAYCAACAACAGACUAAAUGAUCUCUGUUCUGUAAAUCUCAUUGUUUUUGGCAUCUAAAAUAAAGCUCGACAUAAAUUGUCCAUUUAA